AUGGCGAAGACUAGCAUGUCGGGCAUAUGGGCGGAUAUUGUUGCUUAUCGUCGGGUCUAUCUCCUGACAGCAGUGGCCUCCUUCGGUGGCAUGCUUUUCGGAUGGGACACUGGUCUCAUAGGAGGAGUCUUGACGAUGAAGGCUUUUCAGCAUUCGUUCAAUUUGGACAAGGAUAGCGACGACUUUAGUAAUUUGCAGGGCAAUAUUGUCUCUGUGCUUCAGGCGGGAUGUUUCUUCGGUGCUUUGUCUUCAUUCUACAUCAGCGAUAAAUUCGGCCGCAAGCGGGCAUUGAUCAUCGCCGAUAUCAUUUUCAUCAUCGGGUCGAUCGUUCAAACAUUGUGCGCACUUGGUACGACGAGCCUCGCACAGUUGUAUGUUGGUAGGGUCAUUGGUGGUUUUGGAGUUGGACUCAUCUCAGCUGUUGUCCCUACGUACAUUGGCGAGAACGCGAAUAAAGAGAUUCGCGGACGAUGCAUCGGAUGUAUGCAACUUUUCAACGUUACCGGUAUCUGUUUGGCUUUCUUCGUCAACUACGGCAUCAACCUGCAUAUCCCCGGUCUUUCCUCGUCGAAGUGGCGGAUCCCAUUCGCACUGCAGAUGCUUCCGGGUGCCAUUCUGUUGGCCGGCAUCGUUUUCAUGAACGAGUCGCCCCGAUGGCUCGUAGAAAAGAACCGCAUCUCGGAUGCCAGAAAGGCUCUCUCCAUCGUCCGAGCCAAGCCCAUUGAUGACGAGGCUGUAACACGCGAACUCGACGAGAUCGUCCUCGACUUCCAGGGACACGAGAAGAUCUCGCUCAGGGACCAGCUCAAGGACGCUUUCUCGAGCAAACGCAUGUUCUAUCAAUGCUCGUUCGCGGUGAUCCUCAUGUUCUGGCAGCAGUGGACGGGAACCAACAGCAUCAACUACUAUGCACCUCAGAUCUUCCAAUCCAUCGGUCUGAAGGGAACUUCUGCAGGACUGUUCGCAACAGGAGUGUACGGCAUUGUCAAGAUCGUCUGCACAGCAGCGGGCCUGAUGUUUGCAACAGAGCAAAUGGGCCGCAAGUGGAGUCUCCUGGUAGGCUCAGCGGGCCAAGCCUUCGCUAUGUUCUACAUCGGCGUCAACCAAGCAGUGCACCCGCCCAAGGAAGGCAGCGCCCUCACCGGAAACAGCAUCUUCGCAAUCAUCUGCGUCUAUCUCUUCGUUGUGUUUUAUUCGUUCGGCUGGGGACCCAUCCCUUUUGUUCUUUCUAGCGAGUGCAGUCCGAAUAGAGUGCGAUCCCUCGUCAUGGCAGCAGCACUGAUGACCCAAUGGCUCUUCAACUUCGUGAUUGCGAAAAUCACACCCAUCAUGCUCGACAAGAUCACCUACGGCACGUUCCUGCUCUUCGGCAGCGCGUGCAUCAUGAUGGGCUUUUACACGGUCGCCUGCGUCCCUGAGACCAAGAACGUGCCGCUCGAGUCGAUCCACCUGCUGUUUGAGGGGGACAUCGUCAAGGGGUGUAUUAGAGAUACCGUGCCCCGGUACUCGCGGGCGAAGCAGUUGCAGAAUCACAGGCAUGGCGAGGAUGAUCAUGAUGGGAUGAGUGUGGAUGAGGGGGUGAAGAAGGGGGAUGAGACGUUGAGGGUUGAUAGGGUGGAUAGUGUUUAG